GCCUCUAUUCCUUUUGUGUAGAGUUAAACUCUCUGCUGUCAGCUAAUCCCUUGCUUUGCUUUUCAGUGCAAACUAGCAAUAUGGCUUCAACCCUAUGUGGUCCAAAUGCUCUCCUGGCGCCAGCCCAAGCUCGUAGGAAUCCAAUAGCCUUUUCAACUGGCGGUUGCGCCAAGCUGCAUCGCACCGCACCCAUCCCGCCUCGCUCCUCCCCGCUACGCCAACCCCACCUCACCAGCCGGUCCGUUGCUGCUCGCGCUGAAAACAACAACAGCGGCCAGGCCAGCGGUGAGGCCGAGCCCCGGCGGGUGGUGUACAACACGGAGUUCGGCUACUCCCGCAAGGACGUGCUGCUCAUCUGCUUCGGGCUGCUGGGUCUGGGCUUCGGGCUGUACGGCGGGCUGCAGGCUGCGGGUCUGGAUGCGGGGCAGGCGGGCAACUGGGUGCAGCUGCUGAUCUUCCUGGGCAUCUGCGUGGGCUGGGUGAGCACCUACAUCUACCGCGUGGCAACCAAGCAAAUGACGUACGUGAAGCAGCUGGAGGCGUACGAGGAGGCGGUGAUACGGCGGCGAGUGGAUGAGAUGACGGAGGCUGAGCUGGCGGCGCUGGCGGAGGAGGUGGAGGCGGAGCGGGCGGCGGCGGCGGGGAGGCGGAAGCAGCAGAAGUGAAAGCACUGGGGAAUCCCAGUUCCAGUGUGCUGAACUGCUGGUUCAAGCGAAGGGGUGGGGACGGCGGAAUGAGGGUGGAGGGUGGAUGGUAGUGGAAGAAACUAGUUUACCAGGUGGCAAGGCUUUGUCCUGGGUUGGGGGCCAGCAGCAGCUGUAGCAGUGGCAGGAAGGGGGAGGAGCAGAGCGGGGGGACACGGAUUGAGCUGAGUGGGGUUGGGGCGGUGUAUGGGUUCAGGAGGGUGGUCAGCGCAGCAGGGAGGCGGAGGGGGGGGCAGCGCAGGGUGGGUUGCCCCCGCAGGUGCAACGAGGCAGAACGUGCCCCGCAGGUGCAACGAGGCAAGCGGGCCAGGGGGGUCGAAGACCAUACCAAACCAUAGGAGACCACAGGUUACCGGUAGGGCAGGGGGGGGGGAGGUGGAGCGGGCUGCAGAGCAGCUGGCUGACGUGUGCUGCACCAAUGUGUUGACACCUGGAGUAGGGUGCGACUAGGGCAUUGAGAAGGCGUUGGAGUUAUUAUGAAUAUGUUUGGAAGGGUAGGGUUGAGAUCUGGAUCGUUGGAGAUCUGGGGUUCACAGCUGCCAUGUCAGGUGCUGUUUCGCGGUGAGGAGAGGCCCGCCAUGAGGGGCUGAAGUGGUCCAUGUAGGGCCUGGCUGCAUGUAGGGCCUGCGGAUUCAGCAGAUGACCCCGCUCGCCU